AUGGCUACUACGGCUGCGCCUUCUGAGCUGCGGAAGCGGCACCAACACCGCGACGAUGUCAACGGCCCUCAACAGACCCCGGCAGCGUCGGAGCCCAGCGAGCUCUCUACGCCCGCCGACCUAGAUUUAGAUGAUGCCGAUGCUAAACCUCAAAAGAUGUACGGCAGGACGCCUGAUGGAACCAUCUUUAUCGUUCCCACGACGCACGACAUGGUUUCUCAGCUUCUUGACCCUCGCCAGCCAAAGAAUCUUUCGGACCUUGUCGUCAUCGCAAUACUCGCCCUCCAUAUUCUAGCCGCCUACAUGCUACCCGCCGCCUGGAAAAAGCCAGUCUUUGCGCUAAUCUUUCUCUUCUGGCGCUCCUCCUACAACGUAGGAAUCGGAGUCCUUUUGCACAUCCAAUCCAACUACAACCGCCUCGUUACCUGGGCCGUUCGUUGGAAACUAUUUGAGAAUCCAAAAUCUGGCAAGAACCCCCGACCGUGGCUCUACAAUCUGCUCAAAAAAGAACUCGAGGCAAAGAUCCCGGAAGACUACGAUUUUGAAAAGGCCCCGAUUGAGUACAACACUUGGCUGGUUUUCCGACGGGUCGUAGACUUGAUUCUCAUGUGUGAUUUUACGUCCUAUUGCCUCUUUGCGAUUGUCUGCGGCCACACCCCGGAAGCCGAGAGUGUCGUCGUCGGCCUCACCCGCUGGAUUCUCGGCAUUGCUCUGAUUGGCUUCAAUCUUUGGGUGAAGCUCGACGCUCACAGAGUUGUAAAGGAUUUUGCUUGGUACUGGGGUGACUUUUUCUAUCUCAUUGACCAAGACCUAACCUUUGACGGCGUAUUCGAGAUGGCUCCCCAUCCCAUGUAUUCCAUCGGCUAUGCCGGUUACUACGGCAUCUCAAUGAUGGCUGCUAGCUACGAAGUUCUCUUCAUCUCCAUCGCCGCUCAUGCCGCCCAGUUCGCUUUCCUUGUUAUUGUCGAGAACCCGCACAUUGAAAAGACUUACAAUCCGCCGCCCCCGCGUACUACGUCAACUUUGAUAGAAGAUGCGAGCGGAAAGCUCACGCCCGGACAACCAACCACGCAGUCAUCGCCCGAUGGCUCCGUUCUGCUCUCACCAAAUGACUCUCCGGACGCUGUGCAUAAUCUUGUCGGUUUCGCGAACAUGGAUUUGUUCCGCGUCCCUGACUGUGCCGUCGUGCUGAUGCCUGCAUACGUGGCGACUCUUGCACUGGCAACUCCUGCUACUCCCUUUUGGCAGGCCAUGUUCGUCGGCCACGCCCUGCUCUGGCGGGCCUGGUACCAUGUUGGCCUUGGACUUUUACUUGAUAAGCAGUCGAGGUCUAAAUUGUGGACGCGCCACUUUCUCAAAUACGGUGAGACUGCGCAAGAAGCUUGGCGUCAAUGGAAGGGCAUGCACCACAUCAGCAUGAUCAUGUCCAACGCUUCCUUCAUUGCCGCGUGCUGGAAGAUGUAUUCCUUCCCUGAAGACUGGGGCUACGGCCUUGUGCUACUCAAGCAUGUCAUUGGUGCUAGUCUGAUUGCACUGCAGCUCUGGACCGCACUUAGCGUUUACGAGUCCCUUGGCGAGUUUGGCUGGUUCUGCGGUGACUAUUUCUUUGACCACCAGGCGAAGCUCACAUACACGUCCAUCUACCGAUUUGUUAACAACCCAGAGCGCGUCUUUGGUAUUGCAGGACUAUGGGGUGCCGCACUCAUCACUUGGAGUCGUGCCAUUUUCAUCAUGGCUCUCACUGCUCAGCUGAUGACUAUAUGGUUCAUUUCGUAUGUCGAGCGCCCUCAUAUGCAAAAGAUUUAUGGUAGGGGUCUCCGAAGUGAAGCAGGCUUGACCAAAUUUAUCAAACGCUCGCUGCCGCCUCCAGUCAAGACUCUGCAGGAGAGCAUGGAUAAAGUCUUGGACGAUACAACGCAGUUCGUCGAAGACUUUAUUGACACAGCCCGACCCAAGUUUGCUUCUGGCGUCAAGACGAUUGUCCGCGAUACUUCGGCCAUCUUCAACAUUGCGCCUGCCAGGCUCACUCUCACACGCAUUUCACCUGACGUCGAGGGCCUGGAUCCCAAGCAAUUCUCGCUCAAGGUUGAGGGCGAGCCCUCGAAAUUGACGUCGCUCCACGAGCGAGCCACGGGCAAGGAAGGAAUCACUGGCAGGUUCCCCAAGCAAGUCAAAACAAUGACGUUUGAAUAUGGCGCCCCUCUUAGGGUAAAAUGGACAGCGCCAGCCAACCACACUACCAAAGACUGGAUCGGUCUGUACAUGGUGAGCGACAACCGUUCGAGGGAGAAGACGGAAGUGUCGUCCCUGGGUCGGUGGGUGCCGACAAAUGCAGGCAGCUACGACAACCCCGCUUUGGACGCCAGUAUCAUCGUUCCCGAGCACAAAAUUGCGGGCGAGAAUGGUGAUGCUGAUGGCGUAGGGGGUGAAGUUGUGUUUGAAGGGGACAGGCUCUGGUGGACUCAGGGCGUGUUUGAAUUCCGCUACCACCACGACGGGCACCAUAAAGUCAUGGCAGUUUCGGAGCCUUUUGAGAUUGCGCUAGACAAGUUCGACGAAGAGGAUGUGGACGUGGAUGCUAAGGGCAUGUACGCGGGUGCUGUCGAGUCAGUUCUCUUACCGGUGGUGCGCAACUGUCUGGACCGCGAUCCUGAGAUUGCCCCCAAGGACGAGACAGAGGUGUUUGGCAGCCAGGUUGAAAGAGACGGAAAAUACGCCAAAAGAAUUGUUUACGCGGUACGCGAGAUGUUUGGUAUCGAAUUUGCGCCUGCGGUGGUGCUGGCCGAUGGCAAUGUACGCAAGCUGGCCUGGAGGAUUUGCAACGCAAAACAAGUUCUGGCGCCUUACAGUUUGUCGCGAUCUAGGGGCACCACGACGCCAAUCGGGUAA